GCUUUCAGAGAUUAUGUCCAGCUAUGAAAUUAUGCGCAAAGGGAGAAAGCAAUUAAUUGAUAUACUUCAGAAGGAAAUAGACUGUGUUUUAGAUGAGCUACGAUUAGAAACUGUCAUCACAAAAGAAGAAUAUGAGGGCCUGGAGAAAAUCGAAGACUCAAAGGAAAAAAGUAGAGAAUUGCUUAUUCUGAUACAAGAAAAAGGGGAAGCCACCUGUCACCAGUUCUUGGAAUGGUUAGAAGUCACAUGUCCUGCUUCAAAACAUGCCCUGCAAGUUCAAAAACACAAUGAAACUCAAAAUCCACUCCAGAGUUCUGGCUCAGUGCUGAAGUCAGAAUCCCAUCCAGAACACACUGAUGCCAGUGGCAGCUUGGUGGAGAAGACUGCCAUCCUCAGCCAUUUGGUGGAUAGCCUGGGAGAGCAUUCACUCCCCAAGGAGAAAGAUGACAGCCCAGGAACACUGCUGGAUGCCAAUGAAGACGUUUUCAAAGAUUGCUCAGUUGGUGAAGAGGAAGGUGAAAUUCAGAAACCCCCAGAGGAAGAGAAGAUGGAUCUUGAAAUUGGUUGUCCAAGUCAAGAGAAAGAAGAUUAUGUUCAGGAAGAAUUUGAGGAAGAGAAUCAACAUCCCACCACAGAGAGAAGAAAGGCAGUUAUGGAUAUUCUGCGCAAAUUAAAUCUAGAAAAGCAGAAAAGCAAGGUUCUCUCCCUCCAAGAAGUCCUGAAAAUUAGUUUGGAGAGCUUGAAGGAAUUCACACCUCAAACCCAGGAAGAUUUGCCUUGGCAUUUUCUGAGGAAGAUAUUGGCUUUGAAUGUAACAGCCAGGAGCACCAGCUUCGAGGAGGUUGUUUCUGAUGAUCAAGUACUUAGAAGAAAUGAAGGGGGUGAGAGGAUUGAUAAGGACAUUUUCUUUACUCAUGAAAUGGGUGAGAGUCAUUCUGUCAACCCCCUUGAUGUCCUUUGUGCUGUUCUGCUUUGCUCUGACAGUUUCCUCCAACAGGAGAUCUUCUUCAAAAUGUCCAUGUGUCAGUUUGCUCUGCCUCUGCUCCUCCCUCCUUUGGAAACUCCCAAAUGCACCCUCAUGCUCUGGGCCAUGAGGGACAUCGUGAAAAUAUGGAGGCCCCAUUCCUUGGUUGAAAGCAGAGGCUUCAGGGAGGAGAGCCUGGUGUUGACAUCCAUGCCAACCAUUUCCUUUGUGAGGAUGGGGAGCUUGAGCUUCUCCAAGUCCAAACUGCUCAGUGAGUUCCUCAGCCCUGUCCAACAGCACCAUGAUUUCUUCUUCCACCGAGAUAUGGAGUGCGGAGACAUCCCACGAGAAAUUGCUGGUGGGCUUGUGGAGAUUGCCUGGUAUUUCCCAGGUGGGCAGAAAAGCUCAGAUCUCUUUCAAGAGCCUAUUGCAGUUGCAAAUCUCCGUGGAGACAUUGAAUCAAACUGGGUGCAGUUUAGCUUUUUAACACAGGUCUCCUCUGCCGUGUUCAUAUUUGCUGAAGCCAUUGAUGAAAGACAACAUGAGCUCUUGUCCUCACUGAAGGUAACAUCAACUCAGUUCUAUUUCAUCCUGGACCGUGACAGCAACAAAUGCCGUGAAGCUUUGGGUUUUUUAGAUAAAUUGGCUCCAAUACUUAACCUCUGUAAUUCAAACAUACUAGUGCAAUCUGCAAAGAGAAAUAAGGCAGAGUUUGUGAGAAAGUUACGGUCAACUGUGAGAGGAAUACUUAAUUCUCAUCCAACGUGUAUGAGUGUACAAGGGAUGUGUGCUGUGGCCUGUGAACUUGCGAUUCAGGCAGACGUGGAUGGCCAAGAAUGUCAGAAUGCCCUCCAAUGUGCUGAAGGAAUCACCGCAGAAAUAAAAGAUGUAGCAAGGUACAAGCAAGAAAUGCUGAGACUCCAGGGCGAUCCCUGGAAAGACCUGGCCAAAGUGGAGAAAGAACUGUGCAGAAUGAAAAGACAGGGGGACAAGCCUUCAGAAAAAUACAGGUCUGAACUGAAUGCCAAAUGGGUGGAACUGCGUAAACAGCAGAGUCAAUGUGAACUCACCACUGGCUUGAUGAAAUUUGUUGAUGCCAUCAGUCAUUUGAAGUCUGCGGAGAAGCACUACUUCCUGAAAUGGAUGAAGUUCAACCUGGAUCAUAUUGCUAGAGAGAAGCUUUCCAAGUUAAGGGCUGAGUACAAAGAGAAAUACAAAACUUCAGGAGAUGAUACCCAGAAGACUGCAGAAAUUGACCGACUGAUAUCUUCCUCUUCCUUGGGAGUUGAGCACUUCAUGCGUGAGCUGGGGCAGUUUUAUGAGGCAGAAUGCUCAAUGGUUAAUGAGGGCAAAACAGCAAAACACAAAAGGCAGUUUGUUCAUUUCCCAAGCAUUGCAGCUGACCUAAUGCUAGAAGGGUUUCCUCUUGAACUGAUGGAUGGAGAUGCAUCCAACAUCCCCCUGAAGUGGGUAAGUGAUGUUCUGACCGAGCUUCAUAAGAAACUAAGAGGACGAUCCAAAAUGAAGGUGAUAACCGUUCUGGGGGUGCAGAGCACUGGGAAAUCGACCCUUCUGAACACCAUGUUUGGCCUGCAGUUUGCUGUCAGCAGUGGGCGGUGCACCCGAGGUGCCUUCAUGACGCUUCUUAAUGUCAGAGAGAAUUUGGCUCAGGAUCUUGGCUGUGACUUCAUCCUGGUGAUAGACACAGAGGGCUUGAAAGCCCCUGAACUGGCCAAACUGGAAGACAGCUAUCAGCAUGACAACGAGUUGGCCACUCUAGUGAUUGGGCUGAGCGACAUCACCAUUGUCAACAUGGCCAUGGAGAAUGCCACCGAAAUGAAGGACAUCCUGCAAAUUGUGACCCAUGCCUUCCUCAGGAUGGAAGAGAUUGGGCAAAGCCCUAGCUGCCAGUUUGUUCAUCAGAACGUCAGUGACGUUUCUGCACAUGACCAAAACAUGAGGGACAGGAAGCACCUUUUGGAACAGCUGAAUGAAAUGACCCAGGCUGCAGCAAAAAUGGAAAAUGUUGGGAGGGAUAUCAAGUUCUCAGACAUCAUGGACUAUGACCCGGAAAUGAAUAAUUGGUAUAUCCCUGGUCUUUGGCAUGGAGUCCCACCCAUGGCCCCAGUCAAUAGGGGGUAUAGCGAAAAGGUCUUUGAUUUAAAGAAGUGCCUUUUUGAAUUCCUAAGAGACCAUGCACAUGACAGGGCUUCCAAGAAUAUUCUUGAUUUCAUUGAAUGGAUGAGGAGCCUGUGGAAAGCUGUGAAACAUGAGAACUUCAUCUUUAGCUUCCAAAAUAGUCUUAUAGCUGAAGCAUACAACAACCUCUCCAUUAAAUAUUCUGAAUGGGACAGGGAUUUCCGCAGAGAGGUGCACCUCUGGGUAUCUGAGCAGGAAACUCUGAUUCAGAAUGUGUCACCUGAUAAAAUUGCUUUCAGUAAUUUGAAAUGUGAACUUCAAAAGAAACUAUCAUGUGGGGAAGAGCAAAUUUUGGAGAGUUUGAAUAAAUACUUCGGGAGCAAAGCAGCAAAUCUGCAUCUGGUAGAAAAGUACAAGGAAGAUUUUGUCAGGAGUGCCAACAGCCUCAAGCGUGAACUUGAAAAUUAUUCUUCUAACAAACUGCGAGAUGCCAUUCAGAUUAGAAAGGGUCUGCACAAAAUUGAUGCUCUUCAAGCAGAAUACAAGAAAACAACUGAAGGAAAGGUUGACAGGCUGCUUGAAAAAUGCAGAGGCGAAAAGCGGAAAUUAAAAGAAAAAGAAUUAAAAAGAGAGUUUGAAAAAAUGUGGAGAGAAACAUUGUUGGAAAUACCACCCAUUUCCUUAGAGAAACGUGAAAUAUAUGCAGAAGUUGAGUCAUAUCUGAGAAAGAAUUUCUGCUCUCAUUUGAAACUAUACACACAAAAAUUAGCAGGAAAAAGAGGAUUGUUAAGUUACAGAAUACACACUUUUGAAACUAAAAAUGACCAUGUACAAGUACAAUCACCAUUUUGGAAACGUAUAUUUCAGUCCGAUUCUCAAAAGGAGUGUUUGCUUGUAUUAACAGAUUUUGCUAACUCCUUGUUGUCCAAAUGCACUUCAUAUAUUGAUGAAAAGCUCAAUUCUAAAGGAGAUUAUGAUGAAACCUACUGCAUUGACCUUUUGUGUAUGAUCAAGGAGGAGCUUCAACAGCCUGAUGUUCAAAAUCUUCAUACAACCCCUGGCUUUGAAGUGGACCUUAAGCUCCACGUCUUGGGAGAAGCAGCUCAUGCAUUUCAAAGGAGACACGAAGAAUUUGUUAAGGAAAAUGAUCCUCACAUGCGCCUGGGAAAACUGAAGCCCUACUAUUUUGCAGUUUUCAGAGAUCUUUAUCAGGAAAAAGAUGCCCAUCAGAUCCAAGCUAAAGAUUUCUGUGAAAUGUGCCUCUAUCCUGCUAUAGUGAAUUAUGUCAACAAUAGACUUGGGGUGGAAAUCAUGGACAACUUUCACAACAGUGAGCAGUCCAUUGACUUUGGCUCUCGGAGUUUCUUCCAGUUUACUAUCCUGAAGGAUCUGUUGAAUGAGUGGGAUUUUGACCAAUAUGUUGAAUACAUCACAACCUAUGAAAAGUUUGUCAAGAGUUGGAUAUGGAAAAGAAUUGUGGAUUACUAUAAAAAAAAUGAGGAUCUGAAGAAUCUGGAGGAAAAGAUUUUAUCUGCAAUACUAGACAGAAUUAGAAAAACAUUGAACAAGCUGAAGCAUCAAGGUGCUGCAACAAUCUCAGAAUUCGUGGAGAAUUUUUCCCAAGAAAUGCAGAAGGAGUUAGUCAUUCCUAAGGAUAGACUAGUGGGGACACACAUGAAACAAGCAUUUGAUCCUGGCGACUUUUUUGCUUUUGUUGAAAGCUUCCUUCCCAAUUUGGAAGAACAAGUAUUACACAGAUUUAGAGACUUGGAUAUCAAAUCCAAACUCUCCAAACUGCCUGUGAAGCCCCAAGACGAAAUCUUCAAGCAAAUGUUUGGCUGUGGGAAGCAGUGCCCCUUCUGCUACACUCCCUGUGAAGCUGGAGGGAGCGCUCAUCGGGAGCAUUUCGCAACAAUCCAUCGACCUCAAGGAUUUGGAAGAUUCAGAUAUAUAGAUUCAGAAAAGCUGAUAUGUUCUCUGUGCUCCACCGAUGUGUCCACCAAUCGAGUGUUCCGAAAUCAGGACACAAAUAUGGAAUGGCAUCCAUACAAAGAUUAUCGUGCGUAUUAUCCAGACUGGCGUAUCCAACCUGAUCCCAGUAUCAAAGCUUCUGAUUACUGGAAGUACAUUUUCAAAAUGUUCAAUGAUGACUUUGCCAGAGAGUACAAUGCUAAACCAGCUGAUCUGCCAGAGGACUGGGGAAAUAUAACCAAAGAACAGGCACUUCAGGCCUUAAAAGAUAGAUACAAGUUGUAACCAAAACUACCAUUAGAAUGCUUGCCGUAAAGACCUGGAAACAAAAGUGGUUUCAAAAAAGUUUUUGCAUUCACAGAUUGCAUCCUUUUUUAAUUAAAUGUAUGCCGUUUUUGUAUGAAAAUCUCAGAUGUUAUGCACAACUACCAAACAUAAUGUGACUCUGCGCAUAAUAUGACAAGGUUGCAUGUUGAAAUAAGUAAAACAAUGAUGUGUUUUCAUUUUUCAGAUUAUGGUAAAAGUGUAAAUGCCUUGUGCUAAAGUAGUCCUAGUCAGUAGCGAUAUGCAUUUCUAG